ACUUUCCAUGCGGGUGGUGCACUUCGAUAUUGAUAACAAAAAAAUAUAAAUCGUUGCGUCGACGACCUUACCACCAUUCCGCGGAGGGGACCCGUAACCGGUUUCUAAAAGCCCAUUGCCGUUUCGAUCGCGGCUCCAAUAGUUUUAUUCGCCGUUGCUGUGUUUAAUCAUUAAAAAUAUCGAUAUAAACCUCGUUGCGUUGAAAUUGUGAAGCGAAAAAAAAAUUAUAUUUGACGUAAACUGUCAACGGUUUAACACGGAAUUUGAUUGUUGAUUAAAUUUUUGUUGUGAAUAAAAAUGGCUUGCACGACAUGUCUCAACCCAGAAGGCAAGCCGGUCAAAACGAGGAAGGAAAAAGAUACCUUUGGGGAGUUGGACGUGCCAGAUGACAAGUUAUAUGGCGCGCAGACCGUGCGUUCGGUGAUGAACUUCCCGAUCGGUGGAAUUGAGGAACGCAUGCCUUAUCCCGUAAUUGUCGCUUUCGGUAUACUAAAGAAAGCAGCCGCCAAAGUCAAUAUCGAAUAUGGACUUGAAAAGAAAAUUGCCGACGCGAUCAUGCAGGCCUGCGAUGACGUCAUCAGCGGGAAGCUCUACCGCGAGGGUCACUUCCCCCUCGUCAUCUGGCAGACCGGCUCCGGUACUCAGUCCAACAUGAACACGAACGAGGUGAUAGCGAACCGCGCCAUACAAAUACUGGGCGGGAAACUGGGCAGCAAGGACCCGGUGCAUCCCAACGACCACGUGAACAAGUCUCAGAGUUCGAACGACACGUACCCCACGGCCAUGCACAUUGCCGUGGCCAUGGAGCUCCGGGAUAGGCUCAUGCCGGGCCUCGUGGCCCUCAGGGACACGCUGCAGGCCAAGAGCAAGGACUUUGAGAGGAUCGUCAAAAUUGGAAGGACCCACCUGAUGGACGCGGUGCCGCUGACGCUGGGCCAGGAGUUCAGCGGGUACGCGGCGCAGCUGUCGUACGGCGUGGAGCGCGUGUGCGCCACGCUGCCGCGCCUGCACUACCUGGCGCUGGGCGGCACGGCCGUCGGCACCGGCCUCAACACCAGGAUCGGCUUCGCGGAGAAGUGCGCCGCCGAGAUCGCCGCGCUCACCGGUAUACCGUUCGAGACGGCGCCGAACAAGUUCGAGGCGCUGGCGUGCCACGACGCCAUGGUGGAGGUCUCCGGCGCGCUCAACACCAUCGCCGUGUCGCUCAUGAAGAUCGCGAACGACAUCCGACUGCUCGCCUCCGGGCCGCGCUGCGGACUCGCCGAGCUGAUGUUGCCCGAGAACGAACCCGGAUCCUCGAUAAUGCCCGGUAAAGUGAACCCGACGCAGUGCGAGGCGCUGACGAUGGUGGCGGCGCAGGUGAUGGGCAACCACGUGGCGUGCACGGUGGGCGGCAGCAACGGACACUUCGAGCUCAACGUGUUCAAGCCCAUGAUCGUGUCCAACGUGCUACGAUCCAUACGGCUCAUCGGUGACGGCUGCCAGGCCUUCAACAAGAACUGCGCCGUGGGUAUCAAGGCUAACGAAGUGCAGAUCGCUAAGAUCAUGCGCGAGUCACUGAUGCUGGUGACGGCGCUCAACCCUCACAUCGGCUACGACAAGGCGGCUCAAAUCGCGAAGACCGCGCACAAGGAGGGCGGAAACCUGAAGGAUACCGCGAUCAAGCUGGGCAUCCUCACCGCCGAGCAGUUCGACCAGUGGGUCAAACCCGAAGACAUGCUCGGACCCAAGUAGAUUAUACGCUAAUCAAACAUGUCGUCUUUUCGCAUUAAAAGUGCACAAUAUCCACUAUACCAGCGGUCGGGGAACCGGUGUACAUUACCCCAAAUGGGGUAAAAUGAA